CACAUCUCCUUAAACAUUCCAAAUCCUCCCAACAUGCAUCCCACGUUCAAAGUCAAUCAUUAAAAAAAAAAAAAAAGCCCAAAAAAGAAAAAAAGAAAAAUUCAGGCAAAUCAUUCCCAUUUCUUGUCAACUCUGCCCCAGAAAUCUAGUGUCUCUCUCAUCACACAUUGGGUUGGUUUUGGCCUCCUCCCCUGCCUUUAUCCCCCUCACGCACAACUCAAGAAGUUGUUCAUUCUUGAAAGAGUUUGACAAUUUCCAUGGUUGUGUUCUUCCUCGAACUCGGAGUUCCCCGGUUGGUUUUGAUCCCAAGGUUGAAUUUUCACUGAUCAAGAUGGUCCGGGCCAUUGAGCAAGAGCAGGAGAUCCAUAGGUCUAGGCUGUUCCCCCCUCACAAAGGGACCCGGGAUGCCACGGGCCACCAUGCCAGGGCGAUGAGCGUCGAUCACGCGAACGGGGAUUGGUCGCUCCAUCGGACCAAUGAUAAGGUUGCCAAGUCGCGAUUGUCCCGCGAAGAUGGGAAGGACAAGCACCCUUCAGACAUGGAACUGAUGAAGGAAAGAUUUGCCAAGUUGCUUUUGGGAGAGGACAUGUCUGGGGGAGGCAAAGGUGUUUCUUCAGCUUUGGCAUUAUCAAAUGCCAUCACAAAUCUCGCAGCUUCUGCGUUUGGUGAGCAAAAACGUCUGGAGCCAAUGUCGCCCGAAACAAAAGCGAGGUGGAAGAAGGAGAUCAAUUGGCUUUUAUCAGUCACCGACCACAUUGUCGAAUUCGUUCCUUCACAGCAGAAAACGAACGGGAUGAAUAUGGAGAUAAUGGUGACGAAGCAGCGCACGGAUCUGCACAUGGACAUCCCCGCGUUGCGCAAACUGGACGCCAUGCUCAUUGAUUGUCUAGACAACUUCCAAGACCAAAAUGAGUUCUAUUACGUCUCGAAAGAUGUGGACCAAUCCGAGAAAAAGGCGAUGGAUGACAAAUGGUGGCUUCCUACGGUCAAAGUUCCUCCAGAGGGCCUCUCCGAAGAGUCCCGGAAAUGGUUACAGUUUCAAAAAGAUUCCGUGAAUCAGGUGCUCAAAGCGGCCAUGGCUAUAAACGCACAGGUUCUGUCCGAAAUGGAAAUUCCUGACAGCUACAUCGAAUCCCUACCUAAGAAUGGAAGGGUGAGCCUAGGAGAUUCAAUCUAUAAGAGCAUUACGGUGGAAUUCUUCGACCCCGAGCAGCUCCUGUUGGCAAUGGAUUUAACGUCUGAGCACAAGAUUCUAGACCUUAAAAACAGGAUCGAGGCUUCGAUCGUUAUAUGGAAGAGGAAGAUGACCCACAAGGACGGGAAAUCAUCUUGGGGUUCAGCCGUGAGCUUGGAGAAGAGAGAGCUCUUCGAGGAAAGAGCCGAGACCAUCUUACUCCUCCUCAAGCAACGGUUCCCGGGACUUCCCCAGUCGGCGCUUGACAUCAGCAAAAUCCAAUAUAACAGGGAUGUAGGUCAAGCUAUUUUAGAGAGCUAUUCAAGGGUACUUGAAAGCUUGGCCUUCACAGUCAUGUCGAGGGUUGAAGAUGUCCUACACGCCGACUAUGCUGCACAAAAUCCAUCACAAGCAACGGCCAAGAAGAACGGGUUCAGGCAUUCCUCCCCGGUCAUGGCGCCGGAGAAUUUCUCCUCACCACUAGAAGAUAUGGAGAAGCUUGCUUCUCCGGGUACGCCGUGUUCGAUGACUCUAUCAGAUUUCAUGGGGUGGAGUUUGGACAAGGAACCCGAUUUGAAGAAGGACCUAGGAGGCGAUGAGUUGCUAAAAGACGGCGACGGAAAGCACAUGAAUAAAUCCUCUAAUGCAGGGACGCCCAAGAAGUUUUCUUACAUAGAAAAGCUCGAGCGCGCCGGGGGUCUAAGAAGCCCGACUGCACGACAUUAGUGACAAUAGUAGGAAGAGAGAAAGGUUAGGGAAAACCACAGAGAAGGCAGAGAAACGUCGGAGAGUACAUAGAACCGGCAAUCUGUCUGUGCCCAGACCCUGAACGGGUUUGAGAGUAGCUAUUAGUUAUUUUCUUCGUCAUGUAAAUAGAGGAAAGCAUAUUACAUGCUUGACUUUAUGAGCAAAGCAGCUUUGUAACUUUGUGGCCUGCCUACUCAAUGAAACCUUUCGUUUAGCCUAGGGAAGUUUUUCCUCCGAACGACCAGAUCUCUUAAUCAUCGCCUUCUACACUCUCAGAACGUGAU